CUCCCUCUCUCUGCCCCCUUCUGUCCCAGUGUUUUGCACAGUUGAACUGUAGCAGGUGAUCAUCCUCUGAGCCACGAGCCCACAAACCCUCGAGUCCUGGAAUCCUCACGACCGUGUUCCCUCAAGAAGAGAAGGACAGUCAACCAUCAAUUGGAGUGACUGGCUCCCCAGUUCCAUCCGUCCAUCAUGACGUCUGAAUCCCUCCCUGACCGUCGAGCACUGAGAGAGGCAUUUGACCUCGAGAUCUACUCUUCCUCUGGCACUCCGCUGCGAUUUGGCUCCUUGUUCUACGAUUGCGAUGUCUAUCCGGCUGAAAAAAGAAUCCUCGUCGUCUUCAUCAGGCAUUUCUUCUGUGGGAAUUGUCAGGAAUACGUCCGCAGACUGUCUUCGGCUGAGUCGCCAUUCCAUCCCUCUCAAAAGCCACCGCAAUGCUGCACGUCAAUAGCCUCCACGAUGAACUUCUCGAAACCGGCGUCCCGUACGCUUCCCACAGUCAUAAUCAUUGGUCCUGGCCAACCUUCCUUGAUUGCGUCGUACAAGAACGUGACACAAUGUCCUUUCGACAUCUACGCCGACCCCUCAACGCGCCUCUACGAGCUCUUGGGAAUGUACCGCUCGCUGUCCCUAGGUCACAGAGCCCCCGGGUACAUUGAGCAUUCCCUCUUCAGCGGCGCGCUGAAAUCCGCCUGGCAGAUCGCCCGUCGUGUCGGCAACGGGGACGCCAUGAAUGGAGGAGACUGGGACGUCAACGGCGGCGAGUUUCUGUUUGUCAGGUCAGCAGCGCCCAGCAGACCCUCGACGGGUUUGAAAUCCUCUUCACCCUCGCGGUCAAGGUCGAGGUCAAGGAGUGCGCAGUCCCAAGACUGGGACGUUUCGUGGUGCCAUCGAAUGGCCAACUCUCGAGACCAUACCGAAGUCAUCAAUCUGCAGUACCACGCCUGCCUCCCAGAACUGUCAUCUCGAGCAAACUCGCGCGCUUCCUCGCCCGCACCGCUGAAGUCGAUUCUGGUCAAUGGCGGCCGAGCGCAUUCCAAGACCCUCUCGGGAAGCAGCUACUCGACCGAGCGUCUCGGUUCUUGUCCAGGUCCGGACAUCCCUAAAUCUCGCGAAGAAGUCCUUUUGAACCAACGCCUCGGCCGCCCGCACUCCAGAGGGCAUUCCAGAUCCAAGUCUCACCAUAGUCGACGAUCACGGAGCACGAGUGUCGGCUCCCAGUCGAACAAUCAAGUAAAACAAAAUCACAGGAGAGUGUGGUCAGGUGUCAGCAGUACAAGUGCAUCGCGGAUGGAUGGUGUAGCCAGUCCCAUCUCCGAGGUUGGAGAAGAGGACUUCAAACCAAGAAAGAGCUUCUCAGCCACAGUUGCAGAGAGCGUGGGGCUCAGCGCGCUCCUGAAGCGGUCGAGGUCAUUCUCGAGCCCGGCCCAGACGGACGCCACCUUUUCGGUGGUCGACGCGACCGGAGAAGCUGUAAUGGCGACUCCACCUCGCCCAAUCGACAGGACCAGUGCCUCUCGAUCAGAGGUGGAAUCAGAUACCAGUUCCUCUGCGGUCCGCAGCGAAUCUGAGUCUACGCAAAGGUUCAGAGAUGUCAUCCUGCCCUCCUCUUCCGCUGCCGCAUCUUUGCCUCUUUCCGAUACCCCUGCGCCAAAAUCUCGACGCGGACAUGCUCGAUCGAGAACAUUCUCCUUCUCCCGGCCAAGUCUUCCCUUGCGACGAAGAGCAGCAAGCCACAUCGAGAUGGACGAGAACGGCGUGAUGUUCGUGGACGGCGUGGAGUUUGUCAACGUCAUCAGUGUGAAGGCACGGAUCGAGGCUGGCAGUGCACGAGAUCAGAGAAGAGAAAGGGCAGACAGCGGGCUGGGUAUGGAAGUCGAGACGGGAAAUGAAAAGGGAGCCCAGAGAAACGAUAUCAAGACAGAUGUCCCAGACAAGAAGAAGUAUUCCGUCUUGACUACUCUGCCAGAGAUUCGUGGUCUGGCCCGACAAGAUGGGGGAAAGAUUGAUACUGCCUGAUUGGUUUCUUUGGGCUGGCGAAGCCAGAUUUCGCUCGACGAGAAUUCACUAAUGCCCAGACCAAAGCGUUGUCGGGAUGCACCGGCAAGUGCGGAUUAUAGACGGGUUAUACUUCAAAUUUGUAUUGGGAGUGAAACCUGCGGCGAGGCCGCAAUUGAAUAGCUGAUUGCAGCGAAAUGAGCCGGGUGAUAGUCAACAUUAACGUUUUAACGCUAUGUCGUAUCCAUCAUCCCCGUACUUGAAUGAGGACAUCUAUGA